UUCGUGGCUUCGUUUCGUCCGGUACGCUCACAGAAGCACCCGCUGAAUCACACGGCUAAUGCACUCUCAGUUCAGUAUUUUGUUAAACACGCAGUGAGUUGUUAGCAGGGUUUUGACGAAUUUAAAAAAAAAUCGUCCUACGUAUCAAGCGUUAAGCCAAACUCUCGCUGAGACAUCCUCAAAAAGUUAUUGCAAAAUGUCGCGCGCUCAAGAGCUUAAAAUGGAUAUCGAAGAGUUGAAUACUCUGUUGGGACAAGCGCAACGUCAAAGAUCCAAAGACUUGCUUGGAAUAGAAGUGAGAAAGUUGCAAACGGAGUUGUCAAAAUUCUCAGAGUCUCAUACACAAGAUUCUAAAUCGUCAGUUGUCUCAUCUGAUUCGUCAUCUAAAUGUUAUGAAGUUAAACUUAACAACUAUGGUUGGGAUCAGUCAGAUAAGUUCGUGAAGAUUUAUGUUGAAGUAAAAAAUGUACAAUCACUACCGGAAGGCGCUGUAACAUGUAAAUUCACCGAAAAAUCCCUCGACCUAUGGGCCAUGGGUUUGGAAAAUCGUAAUUACCACAUGCCAAUAAACAACCUCUGUGAAGAUAUAGAUGUGAGCAAGAGUUAUAUCAAAGUAAAGACGGAUUCGAUCGUUGUUUUUCUGGCCAAGAAGAUUCCCAAUAAAAAUUGGUCAUAUGUGACUGGUGUGGAGAAAAGAAUAAAAGAAGCAAAAUCUGCCCCACCAACUGACUUUGAAAAGGGACAAGACCCCGAAGAUAGUCUCAUGAAUUUGAUGAAGAAAAUGUACCAGGAUGGUGAUGAUAAAAUGAAAAAAAUAAUAGCCAAAGCAUGGACGGAAAGCCAAGAAAAAAAAUCAAAUACUCUUCCUGAUUUUAACCCAGUGUAAGUUCAUGAGAAAAAAAUAUAUACGAUUUUAAGAGUUUUGGUCUUUGAAUUGAAAUAGGCCUGUACUAAAAAGAUACAUUUGGGUCAUGCGUAUGUCAAUAUUGUUAAAGUGCAACGAAAUUCGUCUAUUCUGUCCAUAUUUUUUAGUGGAUAGAUCUGAUUUUUUAUUUUGUUCUGUUAGCCAUUGCUAAGGCAUAUAAAUUUCAGUGAUGUCGUGCAUUCUAUGAAUCUUGAACGAGCCUACAUUUCCGUAAUGAUAAAAUUCUGUUAAAAUUCAAUGAAUAAUUUUUGAAUAUUGCUCACAAUUCCGAUACACAUUCCAACUGCGAAAUAUAGUCUUGACGAUAAAAAAAAUGUAAUAUUUUCAAUUUAUUAACGGAUCCAGAAGUUAUGAAAAAAAUUAUCACUGAAUACUAGCGAUGCAGGCUGUAUUUGAGAUUUGAUUUAUUGAUUAGAAGCUAGCCAGCUUGAAAUAUUAAAAUCGAUGAAAUUAUUGAGAAAGCUCACGACUUGAAAUUUAUUCAAAUGUGGAUCAUGGUGGUCAACAGGUGCAUACUAUUUGAAAAAAUAUUUUCGUUUUCAAUUAUAAAGCAAAUGUACUCACAAAUCCAACUAUACUCGGACGGUAUGAUAUGUAUUCGUAGAAUAAGGUCAAUAAAACCGGAGUUCUUGUACAUA